AUGCCUUUGGUUUCUUUACAAGACGUCGCGAAUAAGAACUUUGAUUAUAUCAUCGCUGGGGGCGGGACUGCCGGAUUGGUUGUCGCUGCAAGGCUUUCCGAAGACCCGAAAGUCAACGUGUUGGUCCUCGAAGCGGGCCCGGCCAACCUCAACGAUGACUUGAUUCGUAUUCCUGCCCAAAUCGCACAGCAAUUUGGCAAGCCUUCGUACGAUUGGAAUUUGACCACGACUGUACAGGAAAAUUCUGACAGUACCCAGUUUGGUUGGCACAUUGGCAAAGGCCUUGGUGGUUCAUCCGCUAUCAAUUUCAUGUGCUGGAUAAAGCCACCUGCUGAAGACAUAGACGAUCUUGAAAAACUUGGGAAUAGUGGCUGGAACUGGAACACAUACGACAAGUACAUUAAGAAGGCAGAAAAUUUCAUCCACCUCCCCAAGGAGUUCUUAGCUGCGCGUGGCCUCUCGCUGGAUAAGUGGAAAACAAACUCGUUCGGUGGUCCUCUUAAUAAUGGGCACCAGAGGACGGUGUUAGAUGUCGAACUCAAGGCUGUGAAGAUCAUGGAGGCUCUCGGCAACCUCGGCAUUGGCGCUGCUGAAAACCCCAUGGGCGGAGACCCCAAGGGCUUCUUUUUCGUUCCAAGCAGCGUGGACCCCACUACUAAUUACAGAUCUUACUCAGCCACCGCGUACUACGUUCCCAACGAGAACAGAGCAAACUUGUCUGUUCUUGUCAACGCCAAUGUGAACAAGAUUGUCUCUGACGAUAAAUUUGCUGAUGGUUUCCUCGCGACCGGCGUCGAAUUUUCUGUUGAUGGCUCGACCUAUGUUGCACAUGCUACUAAGGAAGUCAUCGUCUCCUCUGGGAGCACUAAAUCUCCCCAGAUUUUGGAACUCUCUGGAAUCGGCCGUAAAGACGUCUUGGAAGCGAUCAAGGUUCCUGUGAAAGUGGAGCUCUCUGGUGUCGGAGAAAACCUCCAAGAGCAUCUCCAUUCUGCCAUCUCAUAUGAGAUCCUUGAUGACGUUCCUGCGGAGACCUUUGAUCUUCUCCGUGACCCUGCCACAGCGGCCAAGCACCUGGCCUUGCACCCCAAAGGUACCGGUAUCUUCAACAUGGGCAUCACUGCCUUCUCUUUCAACCCAUUGGAGGCUUUAACGGACAAGCACCAGGAAAUCAAAGAUAGUGUCAAGGCGGAGAUUGAGCGAGAUAUCAAAGCUGGUUCUCUCUCUCCCGGCCUGAUCGAGCAGUACAAGAUUCAAUUAGCGCGAUUGGACACCGGCUCUCCGGGGUAUGAGACGAUCUUUGUGCCAGGCUUCCAGUCCUUCCCUAACCCGCCAACACUGGGCAAGAGGUACUUGACGCUCGUUGCUGCCACAAACCACAAUUUCUCGCGUGGAAGUAUUCACGCCGUUUCUAACGAUCCGAACGUUAGUCCCGCCAUCAAUCCAAGAUACUUCUCGCGCGAGAGUGAUCUCAGAGUUUUGGUUGAGAUGGUCAAGUUUAACAGGAAGCUGGCGAAUACUGCCCCUUUGACCGAAGUGUUUGGUACCUCUCCCAAGGAGGUCAAUCCCGGCCCCAACGUUCAAACAGAUGAGGAGAUUGCAAGCUGGAUCAAGAAAGUUGUGAGCUCGACGUUCCACCCCGCUGGGACCUGCUCGAUGCUGCCUAAGGAAUUGGACGGUGUUGUGGAUCCCACAUUGAAGAUUUACGGUACGAAGAAUGUUCGGGUUGUUGAUCUGUCUAUCAUGCCCGUUCACUUUGGAACACACGCACAAUCAACGGUGUACGCAAUAGCUGAGCAGGCGGCGGACAUCAUCAAAGGGGGGCACUAG